AUGGUGGUCCUGCCCUCGGAGAACCGGACAGCGCCUGUGGAAUUCCUGCUCACAGGAUUUUCCUCCACCCGAGAGCUAAAUAUUUUCCUCUUCCUGAUGUUCCUUGUUUUCUACAUCUUAAUUGUUUCUGGAAACAUCCUCAUUAUCCUGCUGGUUUUGUUCAGCCAUCACCUCCACACCCCCAUGUACUUCUUCCUGGUGAACUUGUCCUUUCUGGAGAUCUGGUAUACCUCCGACACUGUCCCCAAGAUGUUGCUGAUCAUCAUAGCUGAACAGAAGACCAUCUCUGUGGCUGGAUGCCUGGCACAGUUCUACUUCUUCGGGUCCCUGGCUGCCACUGAGUGUCUGCUGCUUGCGGUGAUGUCCUAUGACCGCUACCUGGCCAUCUGUCAACCUCUCCACUACCCCAUCCUCAUGACUGGCCCCCUCUGCGUGCGGCUGGCUGCCGGCUCUUGGCUCUGCUGCUUCCUCCUGACAGCCAUCACGAUGGUCCUGCUGUCUAGACUAACCUUCUGUGGACCCAACGAAAUCGAUCACUUCUUCUGCGACUUCACUCCUCUGGUGCACCUCUCCUGCACGGACACCUCGCUGACCGAGACCGUGGCUUACGCCACCUCUUCAGCAGUGACGCUGGCCCCAUUUCUUCUCAUCACAGCUUCUUACUCCUGCAUUCUUGCCACCAUCCUGAGAAUCCCAUCUGGCACUGGCCGGCAAAAGGCCUUCUCCACCUGCUCCUCCCACCUCACCAUGGUCGCAGUGUUUUAUGGGACGCUGAUUGCCACGUACCUUGUACCCUCAGCCAAUUCAUCUCAGCUCUUGCGCAAAGGGUCCUCUCUGCUCUACACCAUCAUGACGCCCAUGUUCAACCCCAUCGUCUACAGCCUGAGAAACAGGGACAUCCAUGAAGCCGUGAAAACCUGCUUGAGGAAGAAGCCAGGUUUCCUCAGGUGA